AUGAAUACAACGACUCCAAAACCAUUCCUGUAUGAACCAAACGUUCAAAACAAAGACCUACUAGACACACUUAGCACAUGGUACGGCCACAUUCACGGAUACGUGAGCCUCGUUAUAUGUGUCUUUGGAGUUUCUCUCAAUAUUUUCAACGUUAUAGUGCUGACAAGAAAAAAGCUCAAAACACCAAUUAAUUUCAUAUUAACAUCAUUAGCAGUCUCAGAUAUGGCGACAAUGAUUUCUUAUAUCCCUUUCGCCUUUCAUUUCUAUUGUCAUUUCUCUGCCAAUUCAAUUUCCGCAGGAAAGAACAGUCAAGGCUGGAUGAAUUUCCUCCUCGUGUAUUUAAACUUUUCCGCGACAACUCAUACGAUAUCGAUAUGGCUGGCAGUUGCGCUUGCAAUAUUUCGACACCACCAUGUGCACUCACCGGCAAAGGGAAAUUUAACGCGCACGCGUAGAAUUAUUCGAGCCCGGAUAGUGGUCUUUAUUAUUUUCAUAGCUUCUGUGAUUACAAUGGUCCCGUACUAUGCUUGUCAUAAUUUAACUGAAGUGAGAUUCCAUGAAAAUAAAACUGGAUUUGUAUUUGAACCCUGGCAUUUAGGGACUGGACAUGAAAAACUAGUGAUAUUUGUGAGCUUGAUACUGUACAGCUGUCUGGCGAAGCUCGUUCCGUGUGUACUUAUCAUCAUAUACGGUACACUGUUGCUAAUUACGCUCAAUAAUACACGAAUGAAGAGCCGAAUCAGACGAUCGGAAAAUGGGAUACUUACUGAUCAUCCACCACAACGGGUUAUAGAUAUGUCCAGAACAACAAUUAUGCUGCUAGUUGUGAUUGUUCUGUUUCUCUUCUCAGAGCUACCCCAAGGCGUGUUAAUUAUGUGUUGUUUAUUCCAAGAAAACUUCUUUGAGACUGUUUAUAUUCCCCUUGGAGAUGUGAUGGAUAUAAUUGCUUUAAUUAAUAGUAGUAUAAAUUUCGUGUUAUAUUGUACCAUGAGUCAAGAGUUCAGGCAUACAUUUACUCGUUUGUUCUGUAAUUCCUGGCAAUUCAAAAGGCAUCAAAGACCGGUAUUAGUGCCACAAGAGCUCACACAAAGACAACGAUAUGUUAUUAGUGAGAGAGAACCCACUGUAACAGACUUGUAA